AUGAGCACCCAGCCGGUACGUAUGCUAAAGAAAUUAGCCGUUGAAAGCUUGCUGAAGGACAAGGCCUUGGCUCUGGAGGCCCUGGAAGAUUUGCCAGGGGAGCUCUUCCCACCAGUGUUCAUGGAGGCCUUCACCAGGGGGCACGCAGAGGUCCUCAAGGCCAUGGUGCUGUCCUGGCCCUUCCCCUACCUGCCCCUGGGAGCCCUGAUGACCAUGAGGAAAGCAGAGACUUUGAACACUCAGGUGGAUGCUGACCAGAUUCAUAAAAGGAUGUUACAGGCUGUGCUGGAUGGGCUCGAUGUGCUGCUGAGCCAGAAGGUUCCCUCCAGGAGGCUGAAACUGCAAGUGCUAGAUAUGCAGGUCGAGCACCAGAAAUUCUGGAGAGUCUGGGCUGGAAACGAGUUGGAAGUCUGCUCUGAAAAAGCCAUGAACAAGAGAAAAACAGAGGAGCCUGGGUCAAGGGUAGCAGUAAAGCAGCCCCUCAAGGUGACUUUAGAUCUCUGGCUCAGUCAGGGAUGUCUGUGUCCACAGGAGGCCUACCUGUUCAAGUGGGCCCAGGACAGGGAAGAUCUGGUGCAGCUGGAGUGUAAGAAUCUGUGUAUUACAACCAUGUGCUUUCCCACGGCCAGAGAGUUCCUGACAAUGCUCUCCCUGGAUUCUGUGAAGGAGGUGCAUGUGGGUCACUGCUGGACACUCUUUACCUUGGCUGAGUUUGCCCCUUUCCUCGGCCAGAUGCAAAAUCUUCAAAAACUAAUUAUUUCUGACGUGUAUGUGCCUGCCAUCCUUUCCUCAGAGAAGAGAGAGGAGGUGUUCACUCAAAUCACCUCUCAGUUUGUCAAGCUUCACUGUCUUCAAGAGAUUUAUAUGCAUUCUGUCAACUGGCUGGAAGACCACUUGGACCGGGUACUCAGGUGCCUCCCGUCCCCGCUGAAGACCCUCUCAUUAUCUCACUGCCAGCUCUCACACUCUGACUGGAUCAAGCUGCCCCAGGCUGUGCAGACCAGACAGCUAAAACACUUAGAUUUGAGUUAUGUCAGGCUGGCUGAUUUUAGCCCUGAGCCCCUCCAAGUUCUGUUCAUGAACGUUGCAGCCACCCUGACCAUCCUGCACUUGGAAAACUGUGGGAUCACAGAUGCGCAGGUCUGUGCCUUUCUGCCGUCCCUGAGCUGCUGCUCCCAGCUCACUACCUUCUGUUUCAUAAGGAAUUUUAUAUCCAUAAACACUAUGAAGAAGCUGCUGUGCCACACCGCCAGGCUGAGCAACUUAAACCAGGAGCUGUACUCUGUUCCUCAAGAGCUUUAUGCUCCCAGGGAUAGUUUCCUCCAGCAGAUAAUCAACCAGGUUCCUGAAGAACUGAGUAGGAUCAUGAAGUCACUAAAUCAUCCCAGGACAGUCUGGUUUUGUAUUGUUCAUUGCAAACUCUGUUGCCCUGGCAAAUUCCAGAACAUGCACCCUACACCAUGCUGUGGCUGCAUCCCCAUCUAG